GCAGCGCUCGCCAACACGAUUACUGUCAACGACUCUGCGAACGCGCGUGCCCGUUGCGUGAAAAACGAAAACGUUGUCUAUGAUUUUUUUUUCAAAUUUUCAAAUUUGGAAUUAAGUGAGCUGUGUUGAUUUUUUGGAAAAUCGGAUUCAGUGCGCACAGGACAGUGGUGUUGGACAGUAGUGCAGUGUGUGUGAUGAUACUCUGCCACUCUGUAUCUUGAGAGUGCAGCAUGAGGGGCAGUGUAUGCCAGUUUCUCCUGUUGGCGCGCCUGGUCGCGGCCAUUACUGGACCGAGGAUAGAAAACGACUUCGACAGAAAUAGACAAGCACCCAUCGGACCUCCAGGUUUCAAUGAGCAUCAGACGAGAUUCGGACUCAAUUCCCCACUCCAAAAUUUCCAACAACAACCCGGUCUCAUUAAUAAUGCACAACAAGUACAAUUCCCUCAGCCCAUACUGAAUCAACAACCUUACGUGCCACAAUUCAACAAUCUCCUGCCAGCGCAGAAUAUUCCGAACAACCCAAUUCCCAUUCAGAGCAAUGGUUUCCAACAAUUCAAUCAGCAAGCAAACGUUAACUCUCCAAUUAAUAACUUUAACCAUCAGAACUUGGGACAACAACAAGCUUUCGCUCAACAAAACCACAACAUUCCCCAACAAGUGCCAACGUUGUCUACAUAUCAAAGUAAUUCACUGCCACUAACUCAAAAUGCACCAAUAUUUAACCAGAAUCCGAACAUUCCAACGCCCCUAUCUCUAGCUCAGCAGAGGCCAACACAGGCAGCUUUCUUGCCUACAUUGCAAUCUGUGCAAAAUCAACAAAGUUUUAGUGCCCCCAAUCCAAUCACCAUUCAAGCUGCGCCUAACCUUGCGCCGCAAAACAUUAAUCAAAAUGGACAAAUAUCAUUUCAAGGACCAAUCAACCAUCAAGGUCCAAUUAAUCAUCAGCUAGGCCAAGGGUCCAUAAAUCAACCAAUAAGCCAACCUUUAAACCAACCAAUAUAUUCCAAUACCCAGCCAUCUGACAUCCAAGAUUACUUUGAACAACAAUCAAAGGACAAUUUAGAAAAACUAAAAGAAUUACAAGAGCGACAGCGAAUAAUACAAAAACACCAAGAAUUCGUUCAGAAGCAACAACAGAAACAACAGGAAAAGGUUGAGAAGUUACACGAAGAAUUUCUUACCAGACAAGCCACAAAAUCUCUACCUUCUUAUACCACAACUGAGAAUUACGAAGAUACUUAUCGGAGAAAUCAAGAAAAACGUAGACCACUCCUUCCCCAUGAAACAGAUUUAUUCAAAAAAGCAUUGGAGAUGUAUGAAAAACAACACCCGACAACAACAACAACUACUUCAACCACCACAACCACCACAACGACUACGCCAAGACCAAGAUACAUAAGGACGAGAGGACCACCUAGAUCAAGAACUCCUCCUCAAGACAGAAAUAAACAAAAACUCUACAAUGAAAUUAAAAACCUACUAGAAGAAAGUGAAACCAAAGGAUUCGAUGACAAUCUUAGAGCAAAGAGUGUGGCGCUAUUACAGAAACCAGAUAUUUUGAAACAACUCAAAGUCGCUCUUGCUGAGAAUCCUGAAGACUUCAACGAGAAGAAUUUCACAUCCCGUGAAAUAUCUCUCAAUGGACAAAAAUAUGAAGUAAUCAGGACAAACAAUCCAAACUUAAUACCUAAAGGGGCAAUAGCAGCAGACAGUCCAGAUUUGGGUAAAUACGUAGCAGCAACACAAACAGCACAAAAAGAAAGUCAUGUCUCAUUUGAUGAUUUGACAAAGGGAGUUCUACCCCCAGGAGCUAAUUUUGAACUAGUAAAACAAGGUGAUAAUGGAAAAUUAGAAGAGGUUUCCAAUUUACCCAGUACCCUUCAAAGCAAAAAGAAAGUAACGUUUGUCUUUCUAGAAGAACAAGAUGAUGGUUCAUAUAAAGUGAAAGGUGUGAAAGCUAAUGGACAACAAACGGAAGAGGGUCCAGAAGUUGAGGAAAUAUUGAAGAAAAUAAGAAAAGGUGAGAUAACACUUCCCGGACCUACAAAAAUAUCUAACGCAAUACAUAGUUCGACCGCGAGCCCAUCUACUACGGAAUCCACGGAUUACGUAGCAGAAUCAUCGCAUCUUCCGUCAACCUACGCCAGCUUUGUAACAACAUCUAGCUAUGGCUCUUCCGGACUUACCAAUCCUGUUCAAACAACGCCUUCAAGUACAUACAGAAAUUCCAUAUUGCCCGCAAGAACGACUCAGCAAACAUACAGAGAAAAUUUCACUCCAAGAGAAUCUCAAAGGGAAGCGUACACACAAAGGCACUCACAAAGAGAAACAUUCACCCCGCGAGAGCCACAAAGAGAAACNCAAACAUACCAACCUACAACCCGAGUGCCAACAACCGAAAGAUACAUCAUAAAGACAUCAACCCCAACGUAUUCUAUUAGAAGCAACAAACAAACCUCAAGGAAUAUCUUCCCUAGCUCCACAAUAAUAAACACAACUCCUUCUUAUAGGCCUACUCCCAACGAUUUAAUUGUAAUUGGAUCAAGCACACCUGUACCAAGUUUUGAAGACCCAACGUCACAGGACCUUUUCGCUUCCGCAUCCAGUCCAGGCCUAAUUGAUAUUUUGAAAGAAAACGGUUUAUUCGCGACAGCCAAAUACCUUAAACAAUCUGGUUUAGAUUCGAUAUUAAAUGAGACUGGACCGUACACGAUUUUCGCGCCUACAGACAAGGCCUUUAGGACACUUUUAGUUCAACUGGGAGGUCCUGAUAGGGCUGAAGAAAAGUUCCGCGAUAAUCCAAGACUUCUGAGUGGUCUCCUCCUCCACCACGUGAUCCCUGGAGCGUUCGACAUAGCUUCCCUGCAGGACGAGAUGACGGGCGUAUCUCUCGCAGGCACGCAGCUACGCGUGAACCAGUAUGAUAUGCAUGACGUGGAGUGGAAUGAAGUCAAGGUCACCACCAUUAAUGGUGCCCGGGUUAUUGAUGACAAGAAAGACAUUCAUAUACCACAGGGCAUAGCGCACGCGGUAGACCGGGUGAUGUUCCCGCUGCCGGUCGGCGACCUCGUGCAGACGCUGCAAGCGGACAGGGACCGACGCUUUACCACCUUCAUCAAGGCUAUAUUUGCCAGUGGCUUUGCUGACACUUUAGCAGAAAGCAAAACGUACACAAUAUUCGCGCCUACGGACGCGGCGUUCGCGAAAAUAGCUCCAAGCGAGCUGUCACGAUACUCGGAAAAGGCAGCCGCGCGGGCCCUGGUCGCGAGGCACGUGUUGCCAGGCACUUUAUAUAGUGCAGGCAUGCGGUACUAUCAGCUAAGGAACUCCAUGGAGGACGCUAAGCCUCUUACGCUGCAGAAGAACUCGGGUCGGAUAAAAGUGAACAACGCGCAAGUAAUAACGCACAACAUCCCGGCAACCAACGGCGUCAUUCAUGCGAUCGACACGCUACUGUGAAACUACCCUCCAAAUUAGUUUAGUGUGAUGGAAGGUUAUAAACUAUCCGAAAACAUAUGAAUCUAUUAUAUAUUGGAACAUAAACGACUAUAUUUAAAUUGUUCGUAAAACAUUCUUCAUGACUUUCCAUCACUUCAUUAAGAUAAAUUCAUUUCAUAAUCAUACCCAUUCUAAUAAUUUGAAUUUAGAAUAUAUCUAACAAAUACAAUUUAAAAAUAAAUUCUAAAUUCAAACGUAGUGACGAAGAAAUAUUAAUUUUUAAAUUCAACUCUAUGAACGACGUAUAUUGUAUCACGACUUUGCCACGUUAAUUGUAUCUUUUUAAUUUAAGAC